AUGUUUGGCAAGCUCGCUCACUUGGCUCUUGACGCCCUCCUCAUCUCGAUGUGCUUGGCGGGGAUAAAGCGGUCGACAGGGUUGUCACCUGCUCUGUCGCGCCUGUCGAACAAGGACCUGCGCCAACUUGCGUCGACCUUCCUCGAAACCGGCGAAUGGGCGAUGGACUUUGCCAUCGUCGUGCUAGGCCGCUCAUCCGCCUUCGAGCGCAGGCGUUAG